AUGCAGGUCCGGGCCGACAGGACGGGUCCGGCAGGACACCAGCAAGCCGACGAGGCUGGAAGGGGCGCAGCCAUCGAGGGCACCGGGGCCGGAGACGCGCAAGCAGGGGGUGCUGGCAAGCCAGGGACACUGGAAAGCGCAGGUCCAGGGCUGCCGGGCCGGAGCCGCACCGGCGAGCCAGGCGAGCCAAAAAAGCUGGAGAGGUGCGCAGCCUUCGGUGCGCCAACGCCGGAGCUGCGCCGGUGGAGGACGUCGAUGAGACGGGGAACCUGGAGAACGCAGGUCCGGCUGCCGAGUCCGUCCACCCGUAGCAUCGCGCGCCACCAGGGAGCCUACACAGGGCCAGCCUCACCACGCGCGGGGCGGGGCGGGGGGGACCCAGCCGGGGCAACACCACCACGGGUGAGGAGCGCUGCCGCCGCCGGGGAGCCGCCGUCCAGGAGCCGUCAUCGCAGCAUGCGGGGGGAGGGGGAGCGCGUCGCGGGAGGGGGCUGGAUCCAGCAGAAUCGCCCCGCCGCCACCCUCCCGGGAGCCGGCGCCGGCUUCGCCGGCCGCUCCUCCGGUGGCAGCGAGGUGGGGAGCAAGGUGGGGAGGGGCCGGCGGCGCUCGAUCUAG